AGAUAUAGUCAUGUCUCUAUAUUGAGUAUAUCGUCCUACAUAUGCAAUAAUUCCCUCAUACCAUACGACGACCUAAUAUAACAGCUUAUCUCCUCACCACCAUGGCGCCGGGCAUCGUGGAGUCCGCCCCCGCUGUUGCGCCAGAGAAGAUCUCCAAUCUGAUACAGCUGGCCCAGGACUAUCACUCUUCAAUUAGAUUUUACCUUAAUGGCACAAAGAUUGUCCUAGACGAUAUUGACCCGGAAUUGACUCUGCUGGAGUAUCUGCGCGGUAUUGGAUUGACGGGGACGAAGUUGGGAUGUGCGGAGGGUGGUUGUGGUGCUUGUACCGUGGUUCUCUCUCAUAUCAAUCCAACGACAAAGAAGUUAUAUCAUGCUUCGGUUAAUGCUUGUUUAGCCCCCAUUAUCAGUGUUGAUGGGAAACAUGUUGUCACUGUGGAAGGUAUUGGCAAUGUCAAGAAUCCGCAUCCUGCCCAGCAGAGACUUGCUGUGGGAAAUGGCAGUCAGUGCGGAUUCUGUACCCCUGGUAUUGUGAUGAGUUUAUAUGCCUUGUUGCGCAACAACGAUGGCGAACCUUCUACAGAUGAAAUUGAAGAGGCGUUCGACGGGAAUCUCUGCCGCUGCACAGGAUACCGUCCUAUUCUCGACGUCGCUCAUAGCUUCUCAAAAUCAUCUGGCUGCCAGAAGAGCAAAGCAAAUAGUGGGUCAGGGUGCUGUAUGAACAACAAAGAGAACGGAGCUGGAGGGUGCUGCAAAUCAAAUCGAUCAUUGAAAGAAGAUACUUCGACUUCACCUACUCUCCCAAGACCGGAUUUUAUCCCGUACAAUCCAGAGACCGAGUUGAUCUUUCCUCCAGUGUUAAGGAAGCACGACUUCAAGGCACUUGCGAUUGGGAAUAAGAAGAAGAGAUGGUACCGACCCGUAACACUUCAGCAACUUUUGGAAAUUAAAGAUGUCUAUCCGUCCGCGAAGCUCAUUGGAGGAAGCACAGAGACUCAGAUUGAGAUCAAAUUCAAGGGGCUGAGUUACGACCCGUGUGUUUAUGUGGGUGAUAUUAUCGAGCUAAAGCAAUAUACUUUCAAAGACGACCAUCUCGAGCUGGGUGCGAAUGUUUCCUUGACGGAUCUAGAGCAUAUUUGUGAUGAAGCUCUUGAGCGCUACGGACCCGCUCGUGGACAGCCAUUUGCGGUUAUUAAGAAGCAGUUGCGCUAUUUUGCUGGAAGACAGAUUCGAAACGUUGCAUCGCCUGCCGGUAAUUUGGCGACAGCCUCUCCUAUCUCUGACUUAAACCCUGUAUUCGUCGCAUCGAACACAGUUUUAGUCGCGAAAUCAUUAAACAAAGAAACCGAGAUCUCAAUGUCGCAGUUCUUCAAGGGCUACCGUGCAACUGCCCUUCCAGCAGAUGCGAUUAUUGCUACUUUGCGUAUCCCAGUGGCUGAAAAGGGCGAACACUUCCGAGCGUACAAGCAGUCGAAGCGAAAGGAUGACGAUAUUGCCAUUGUGAAUGCUGCUUUGAGAGUUGUCUUAUCGGAUACGCAUGAAGUCUUGAGCGCGAAUCUCGUUUAUGGUGGUAUGGCGCCAAUGACAGUCUCAGCGAAGAAUGCUGAACUCUAUAUCAUUGGAAAGAAAUUGACAAACCCGGAGACUCUAGAAGGUGUCAUGAACGCUCUUGAAAAGGACUUUGAUCUGCGGUUUGGUGUCCCUGGAGGUAUGGCAACAUACCGAAAGACACUGGCCCUAAGUUUCUUCUAUCGAUUCUACCAUGACGUCUUGUCUACUCUUGAAGUCAAAGAAAGCGACGUCGAUCAGGACAUCAUUGAUGAGAUUGAGAGAAAUAUUUCUUCUGGACAGAAAGACCAUGAUGCUUCUGCCGCAUACAAACAAGAGAUUGUUGGCAAAUCUGGAAAUCAUCUGUCAGCCCUCAAGCAGUGUACCGGUGAAGCUCAGUACACGGAUGACAUACCUGUGCAAAAGAAUGAACUCUACGGAUGUCUGGUUCUGUCAACCAAACCUCGGGCUAAGAUUCUAAGCGUUAACGUUGAGGCUGCCCUUGACAUUCCUGGUGUUCAUGAUUAUGUUGAUCACCGCGAUCUACCCUCCCCUGCGGCGAACUGGUGGGGUGCCCCCAACGCCGACGAGCAAUUCUUUGCCGUCGACGAGGUCUUCACAGCCGGUCAACCCAUUGGAAUGAUCCUUGCAACAUCCGCCAAGAUUGCAGAGGAGGCUUCUAGAGCCGUGAAGGUGGAAUACGAGGAACUUCCAGCUAUUUUGACCAUGGAAGAAGCUAUUGAAGCAAAGUCAUUCUUCCAGCAUUUCAGACACAUCAAGAAUGGAGAUACGGAAGCUGCUUUCAAGGAAGCGGACCAUGUGUUUACUGGAGUAUCCAGGAUGGGUGGUCAAGAGCAUUUCUAUCUCGAAACUCAGGCGUGUGUUGUUGUGCCUAAGCCGGAGGAUGGUGAGAUUGAGGUGUUUAGUUGCACUCAGAACCCUACCGAGACGCAAACAUACGUCGCUCAAGUCACUGGUGUCGCUGCAAACAAGGUCGUCACGCGCGUUAAAAGACUUGGUGGCGGAUUUGGUGGGAAAGAAACUCGCUCAAUUCAAUUAGCAGGAAUCUGCGCCGCAGCGGCGGACAAGACGAGACGUCCAGUGCGGUGUAUGCUCAAUCGUGACGAAGAUAUCGUCACCUCUGGCCAACGACAUCCGUUCCUCUGCCGAUGGAAAGUCGGUAUUACCAAAGAAGGCAAGUUGAUUGCCUUUGAGGCCGAUGUCUUUGCAAAUGCCGGACAUACUCAAGACUUGUCCGGUGCUGUAGUUGAGAGAGCAUUGUCUCACAUUGAUGGUGUCUACAAAAUUCCAAAUAUGUAUGUUCGAGGAUGGCUAUGCAAGACCAACACUGUCUCGAAUACUGCGUUCCGCGGCUUCGGUGGGCCCCAGGGAAUGUUUAUGUGCGAGUCAAUGAUCGAAGAGGUUGCAGACCAUCUUGGUAUGUCCUCAGAUGACCUGCGCGUAAUGAAUAUGUACAAGGCUGGUGACUUGACACACUACAACCAAGAACUCAAGGAUUAUUUCGUGCCGCUCAUGUACAAGCAAGUCAAAGAGGAGAGCUCAUACCUGGAGCGAAGAAAAGCCGUGGACGAAUACAACAAAACACACAAGUGGUCCAAGCGUGGGUUGUCUAUUAUUCCAACCAAGUUUGGCAUUUCAUUCACAGCUUUGUUUCUGAAUCAAGCCGGUGCUUUGGUUCAUAUAUAUCAUGAUGGCAGUAUUCUAGUCGCACAUGGAGGCACAGAGAUGGGUCAGGGUCUCCAUACGAAGAUGAGCAUGAUAGCAGCACAGGCAUUGAACGUGCCUCUAUCAGUUGUCCAUAUAUCAGAAACAGGCACGAACACAGUUGCGAACACCUCUUCUACAGCGGCUUCUGCCAGUUCCGACCUGAACGGUUAUGCGAUCUACAAUGCAUGCGAACAACUCAACGAGCGUCUACGACCAUAUCGCGAAAAGAUGCCCAACGCAACGAUGAAAGAGCUUGCUCACGCCGCGUAUUUUGAUCGUGUCAACUUAUCCGCAAAUGGCUACUACCGCACCCCAGACAUUGGCUACGUCUGGGACGAAAACAAGGGACAAAUGUUCUAUUACUUCACUCAAGGUGUAGCAGCUGCCGAAGUCCAGAUCGAUACCUUGACCGGCGACUGGACUCCCCUUCGAGCCGAUAUUAAAAUGGACGUUGGACGCAGUAUCAACCCCAUCAUCGACUACGGACAAAUCGAAGGCGCCUUUAUCCAAGGACAGGGCCUCUUCACCACCGAAGAAAGCUUGUGGCACCGCGGCACAGGCCAAAUCUUCACCAAAGGACCAGGCGCAUACAAAAUCCCGGGUUUCCGCGACAUCCCUCAAAUCUUCAACAUCUCUCUUCUCAAGGAUGUUCAAUGGGAGAACUUACGAACAAUUCAGCGUUCUCGAGGUGUUGGUGAGCCACCACUUUUCAUGGGCAGUGCGGUAUUUUUCGCUAUUCGUGAUGCGCUCAAAUCUGCUAGGAAGGAGUGGGGUGUGACUGAUGUUUUGAGAUUGGAAAGUCCUGCGACUCCGGAGAGGAUUAGGGUUAGUUGUGCGGAUCCGAUUGUUGAGAGGGCAAGGGUUGUGCCGAAGGAAGGGGAAAAGAGCUUUUUUGUUGCUAUUUAGUUGAUAUCUAUAUACCUACAACCGAGUAUGUAAUUGGAUGAUUUAUUGAUGGAUUUGAUAAUCGAGAAGAGUUCACACUACGGGGA